AUGGCGGUGCAGCAAUCUAAGAAGCGAAAGUUUGUGACUGAUGGCUUGUUCAAGGCUGAACUCAAUGAGUUUUUAACUCGUGAGUUGGCUGAAGAUGGCUACAGUGGUGUCGAAGUGCGAGUGACCCCAACCCGUACAGAAAUCAUCAUCCUUGCCACCCGCACCCAGAAUGUGCUGGGGGAGAAAGGUCGUCGCAUUCGUGAACUGACAUCCGUGGUGCAGAAGAGAUUUAACUUCCCUGAGGGCACUGUCGAGUUAUAUGCUGAGAAGGUUGCUACUCGAGGUCUCUGUGCUAUUGCACAGUGUGAGUCUCUGAGGUACAAACUGAUUGGAGGUUUGGCAGUCAGGAGGGCAUGUUACGGUGUCUUGCGCUUCAUCAUGGAGUCUGGGGCCAAGGGAUGUGAAGUGGUGGUCUCCGGCAAACUGAGGGGACAGAGAGCCAAAUCCAUGAAGUUCACAGACGGUGUACUGGGUAUCAAAGUGAAAAUCAUGCUUCCGUGGGACCCAUCUGGCAAGAUGGGACCACGCCGCCCAUUGCCAGAUCAUGUGAGCAUUGUGGAACCUAAAGAUGAUGCCCCACCAGCACAGCCCUACAGUGAGGCCAAGAGCAGCAAACCAGCAGAACCUGUUGUUGCCCCAGUGCUUGGACCUCUGCCAUCUUAG